AUGAUCGGCACACGGUCACCGGCGGUCGAGGGAGCCCAUGCCUACAAGGAUAGCGACCUCCUUUCGUCUACCACAGACUGCAUCCAACUCAGUAGCAAGGACGAGAAUUGCGUGACUGAGGCGAUCAAGGUCCUCCAGCAAAUCUUGAAGAAAUCUACGGUGAAUAGCGGUACGUCGACAACGUCCACAGACGAGGCCACCGACAGCGGGAUUGCCGUGGAGCAUCUUGCCGAUUUUUCGCACGGGCUGAUGCCUGGCGAGGCGCGCUACAUUGUCUACCGGUACCUAAAGGCCAAUGAUAUGAACAUUCCAAGGGCCCUCGAGAGUAUGACGCGGUCAACUGAGCGGCGCAAGAAGCAGAGCAUCAACAAAAUGGCGCUGUUCCCUUGUCUUAUCCCCAUGAAAGGGUUUGACCAACGGUCGAUAUGCGAUGAGCUAGGGCUUCCUUUCAUUAACAACAUCUCUACCAGCAUGCGCUGCCUGGACGCUGAAGGACGACUUCAACUCGAACGCGAGCAGCUCAACGACUGCAACGUGCAUCACGAGGAGCUUUACGCCAACCUUAUGACCCCUGAAGGGACAGCCAUGUCAGGGCCGACGAACCGCGAGCUCAGCGAUCGCCUCUCGUCAGAAUUAUCUGAAUGUAGAUCACCGGCAGCUUCCUCCUCCGUGCUCACCGCUGACCGUGCUAACGGGAAGUCAACCCUCGAGAGGGAUGACAGCGCAGAGACGCAGCGAGCCGUCGAGUCAGAGAACGACCACUCGCCCUCCAGCGAGCGGAGGGGCAAGGGCAAUGGGAGCAAACAUAGCGGAUCGAUGUGGCGCUCUUUCUUAUCUCUCAUUCCCUUUGACCGCUUUAAGAGCACUACCCGUUCGCCAAACUCGUCAACCUCCCCGCUGCAGAGAAGGUCUAGCAUGGCCACCGAAACGAGGAGACACAGCCGCUUCCACUCUAUCCUCUCCCUGAGCAGCGGUAGGAGUGACGGAGAAGAGGAGCAGCUGGAGACGGCAGGGUUGAAGGAGAUGGAAUUCCUCAACACGGCAGGUGCGGCCGUGCCGCUGCCGGAAACACCGAACACUCUGUACGCUGACUGCCUCAACUUUCAUGGUAUAUUGGAGCCGAUCGUUGCAGUCAUUACAAAGCACGUGCCAUUCGCAUUUCACUACUGGGACCUUGAGGGACAUCCUGCCAUGUACUGCCGCCUUGGUGGAAUGGACUCGAAGAAACUGAUUCAGGAGUUGUUUGAGCUCACCCCGAUCGAUGCUGAGCCACGCGCACUGGCGGUGCUGUUUAACACGUACGCUUUACUGGUGGUCGAGCAGCUCAUCCGCUACUGCAACCGCCGAAACCGUGGAGGCGACGAGGGUUGCAAUGGCCUCCUGUCCCCACCACAGCGCGAGAGUGGAGAGGACCAGGACUGUGCGUCCUCAUCACCCUUGAGCACCGGACGCCUCGGUCAGAAAAAGCCACGUGUCGGCUCAUGUAUCAUCGUCGUCGACUGCGCUGGACUGAAGGUUCGACGGUACCUGUACAGGCCGCUGUUUGUGAUGGUACGCUCGAUUGUGCGAAUGAACACGUACCACUUUCCAGAGCUGGUGCGCCAUGUCUAUGUCACAAACUGCACGAACGUCGUGAGUUGGUCCUAUUUGCUCUUGCAAGGAAUACUGGCGAAGACGACGAGAGCGAAGGUCACCUUUUGUAGUAAGCACAACACAGCUGCCACACUGUGCGAGAACAUCAGCAGAAGCUUUGUGCCGCAGGAGCUGGGGGGCGAGUGCCAAUGUCCAGGAGGCUGUAUUCCGUCCGUUGCUGUAUCGUUCAGCGGCGCGAACUCGUCUGCACUCAGUCGCAGCAACCUCGACGUGCAGUCGAGUCUUUCGACGCAAAUCGGCGAGAGCAGCACGGAUCAGGCGACUCAGUGGUUUGUUGAGGAGGCACUUGUCCCUCGCCAUCUCCUCUGCACUGCCAAGCGGCUUGUGCUGAAGGCACGAGAAUCACGCAAGCUGUCUUUCGCGAUGAACGAGGGGAGCGAGAUCAUUUGGGAGUUUGCGGUAAAGCACAGGCGCGACGUAACCUUCUCGGCUGUCUUUAUUUCUGCCGACAACGACGGCGCGAUGCUGUCGCUGGUGCCGCGUCGUCGAGUGCAGAAUGAGGCGGGUCAUUAUAUCUGCUCCUCCAUCGGCACAGCCAUCUUCGAGUGGAGCAACAAGCAUAGUUUCUUCAGUAGAUGCCAACUGAGCUUGAAGGUGUACCAUGAGGAUGUUUUUGUCGCCUCUGUGUGA